UUCUUAUCCCUUGCAAAUAAACAAGGAGUCGCAAACCCGAAGAUCAAUUACUUCAUCGUUGACGACGAGUUCUGUUCCUUACAGUAAAGAUAAGAAGGCAAAAUGAUUACCAACUUCAACGGUUUUGGCGUAGGCCUUGGUUUUGGCGUUGGAUGCGGCUUCGGAGUUGGAUGGGGUUUUGGGGGUAUGCCUUUAAAUAUUUUAGGUCUCGGUGCAGGUGGUGGCUGUGGGGUUGGCUUUGGCCUUGGAUGGGGCUUUGGAUCUGCCUACGGUAGCCAGUACAGAUCAUCUAGGGUCACAUUCCAAGGCUUAGAAUUUGGCAAAGAGGACCCGAGACGGGAUGGUGAAUUAAAAGAAAUACCGAAAAACACCAAGGACAGUCGCUUGUCACAGUAGUUUUAUUUUUCCAGUUUGCAGUUGAAU